CCCGCCCUCCCGGCAUGGAGCCUGCGGGGCGCCCCCGGGACCGGGUCCCCAGGAUCGAUCCGUACGGGUUUGAAAGGCCCGAAGACUUUGAUUAUGCAGCUUAUGAGGAGUUUUUUUCCGCCUACCUGGUGAUACUCACUAGAAGAGCGAUGAAAUGGUCCAAACUUUUGAAGGGGGGCGGAGGUGUCCAGAAGAGCGGUACAGUGAAGCGCUAUAUCCGGAAAGGUGUCCCCCUGGAGCACCGGGCCCACGUCUGGAUGGGGGUGAGCGGAGCCCAGGCCCGGAUGGACCAGAACCCCGGCUAUUACCACCGGCUACUGCAGGGAGAGUGCAGCGGCAGGCUGGAGGAGGCCAUCCGGACAGAUAUGAACAGGACCUUCCCAGACAACGUGAAAUUCCGGAAGAGCGCGGAUCCCUGUUUACAAAAGACCCUGUACAACGUGCUGGUGGCCUAUGGGCGCCACAACCAAGGUGUGGGGUACUGCCAGGGAAUGAACUUCAUAGCAGGCUACCUGGUCCUCAUAACCAAGAGCGAAGAGAAAUCCUUUUGGCUGUUAGACGCGCUCGUGGGAAGAAUACUGCCUGAUUACUACAGCCCCGCCAUGCUGGGCCUGAAGACAGACCAGGAGGUCCUGGGGGAGCUGGUGAGGACCAAGCUGCCAGCGGUGGCGGCCCUGAUGGACAGGCACGGUGUCCUGUGGACCCUGGUCGUGUCACGCUGGUUCAUCUGCCUGUUCGUGGACGUCCUGCCCGUGGAGACGGUGCUCCGAAUCUGGGACUGUCUGUUCAGUGAAGGCUCGAAGAUUCUCUUCCGGGUGGCCCUGACCCUGAUCAAGCACCACCAGGCGUUUAUUUUGGAAGCCAGCAGUGUGGCGGACACCUGCGAGCGGUUCAAGGAGAUCACCCGAGGCAGCUUUGUGACCGAGUGCCACACCUUCAUGCGGAAAAUAUUUUCAGAGCCCGGGAGCUUGUCCAUGGCCACCAUCACCAGGCUUCGCGAGAGCUGCAGGGCCAGGCUGCUGGCGCAGGGCUGACCAGGACCCCUGUCCGCUGUCGCCCCCGAGGCUUCAUUUCCAGAGCUGUUUCCUGCUGUUCGGUGCCAGAGUACUUGACAUCUGUACACUUCGUUGUGAAUGUUUUUCAAGACCGAUUUAAAAUUAUGUCCUCCGUAACUCAGUUAUGGGCUAUGAAGUCAUGGAUUUCUAGAAAUGUAUUUUUACUUGAGAUCUUAACCUAUAAAAUGUGAGAUGUGCAUAUUUAAUAAAGCACGUGAACACC